AUGGGCACCAGCAAGAAGACACCCGAAAUGAGCCGCCGACGUCCCAAACAGAGCAAGGUUACUUCCGAUGACUUCUUGAACAGCCAGGCCCAAGGUGUCAAGGCAUCCGUAUCAUCAGCCGCCGCACCACGUGUGCCUACAACUCCAAAGAAGGGCAAGAAAGAAACCGCCCGUACCCGUCAAGUGCUUGACUCUCCGCCUUUGAGCAGUUCGCCGUCACCCGAGCUGCCACAGCAGGAGCAAGAAUAUGAAAAAUGGAAUUACACUCCAAUACCUCCUCAUGGAGCUCAGAAGUCUGCCAAUGGACGCAAUGAGGGUCGCAGCUUGAUCAUGUGGGGACGUCCUCGAAUGAUUGAGAAGGUUAUGAUGCACCUACAAUACGAGUGCAGUAGACAUAAGAUCGAGCUGCCUUGGGAUGCCAUCGCCCAUCGCCUGCACCCAGGCUCAACAGGAGGCGCAGUUGUCCAGCAUCUAGGACGCCUCCGCAGUCAGCUCAUCGUGGAGGGUCACUUGGUACCACCGCCUAUGCAGAAACCGGGAUCAAGGGCUCAAGUAGAUCCCUGGAUCCGCGGCUACGUGCGCAAGGAUCAAGACGCCAAAGUGUGCUUCAAAACCGGAAACGAGGCAUUUGAGACACGCGCAGUUCGCUUUGACGAGAAGCUAGAUGAUCGCCAUUUCAACAUCCCAGAUGCUGUAGAUGUUAUCAACAAUCAGUCUGUCUCCUCGCCUGCCAAGUCCAAGAACAAGAAUGGGAAGCGUUCAGCCGCCAGGACGCUGUCAUCGCCAUCCAAGCGCAUCAAGCGCGAGAUUGCUGAAGUCGAUCCGGCACAUCUGCCUAUGGAUGCCGACUACAAUCCGAUAACACAGGCAGUCCCGCGCCGCAAAGCCGCUGCGCGCGCGGCAUUGGCCAUUGCCAACAACGGUCCGGACAGCGAACUAGAUGACAUCGAGGAUGGUGACGGGUAUCUUGCUGCCGCUCAGGAGGAAGUGCCUCAUGAGCUUUCAGAACAUCUCAAAAAUAUCGAAGUUCCCUUGGGAAUCGGUGAGCAAGAGCACAUGGAGAACCACUUGACAGAGCAAGAGGACGGAUAUGCAGACAGGAUUAGAGGUGUGGUCGAUCCGGAGUAUAACGAAGAGGCAAGCAGACGUCUUUCGGAGACAGUCAUCUCCCCAGAGUUUAGCCAGCCGCUUCCGUAUGAGGGGUAUGAAGGCCUAACUGUUGACUUUGGCGACGACGAUGAAGAAGAAGAAGAAGAUGAAGACGAUGAAGAUGACGAUGACGUUGUCAAUAUCAAGGACAGAGUUAAUGCCAGCGACGAGAAUUGA